AUGUCUCAAGUCUCUCAAGUUAACAGCGUUGAUAUUUAUGAAAACUUUCUAUUGUUCCAUGGAGCGCAACUUCGAGCAAGUGGUGUUCCCGAACAUUACUUUAAAUCGAUUUGUAAUAAACUAAAAAAUCAAAUUUUCGAUGCCGGCGAAUAUUUUCAAUUAUUGUUAUUGGAUUAUGGUGAUGAAGAACGAGGUGAAAAGGAUCCUGUCUUUACAGUAAUGUCACUACAAGAUAUAAAAACUGAUGAUCCAAAUGCAAUCUUUCUCAUCGAUCACGCUUUGACAUUUAAAUCUGAUAUUUUGCGUAGACAACUUCUGGAGAAUCCGGAAAUUGCUAAACGUCUUUCAAUCAUGAUGGGAUUAUCAGCUGAUGAUAAUGUUGAUAGUAUUGUUGCAAACAUUUGGAGAUUUUGUAACUUUUAUUCUAUAAAUUCACAAGGUGCAUCGGUUGAAGAUUCUCUGCCACUGUGGUAUGUCAUGGAUGAAUUGGGUUCAGGAAUAGUUCAUAACGACACCCCAAAUUGUCGCGUUGUUCCAUUCAUUUACACUGCUGAACAAGCUACUUACAGUCUUCUGUUUCCAAUCAGGAAUAUUGAUGAAGGCGAACAAAUAACUCGAGACUAUGUUGAAGGAUUUCUAGACAAUCGAGAUUUGUUUUUAUUACCAUGGCAAGAGAAUGACUUUUCUGAAGAAAGCUUGGAACAAAAGGAACCUGAUAUGGCAUACUUUCUUCAAGGAAGAAUUGAAGAAUCGCUUCCUGAAAAUAUCGACACAGUUCCGUCACUUAAUGGGAAUCAACCUUUGAAAGUUUUCAGCGAUUACAAUCUCGUCAGACAAUAUUUGACAGAUCCAGCUUUUGAAGUGUUAAAUGAAGAUGGAAAUUCAGAGGAAGCUGAUAUUUUAUGGCUGACAAAACAUUUCAAAGGCUUCAAUGAACUCAACAAGAACUUUCCAAAUACUUUCAUCAAUCAAUUUCCUUUUGAAAAUGUUGUUACGAUAAAAGAUUUACUCGCAAUUGUUUGUCGUCGUUCCAUUGAGAAACAUCACAAUGCUGAUAAUUUGACGACAUUCCCUUCUUGGCUUCCAACCACUUACAAUCUUAAAACGGAACUUCGUCAAUUUGUGAGUUUCUUUCAAAAUCGAGAAGAAAAAGAGUUUGACAACCACUGGAUUGUGAAGCCAUUCAAUCUUGCGAGAAGUCUUGACACUCACAUCACGAAUAAUCUCUCGGAGAUCAUUAGAUUAUCUCAAACUGGCCCCAAAAUAGUUCAGAAAUAUAUCGAGAAUCCGGUUCUUUAUAAUCGUCCGGAAGUUGGCGGAAAAGUGAAGUUUGAUGUUCGUUAUGUGAUUUUAUUGACAAGCACUGAACCACUGAUUGGCCACAUUUACAAGAAAUUCUUUCUUCGAUUCAGUAACGUUCCAUUUGCCAUGAAUGAAUUCGAUGUGUAUGAAAAACAUUUUACAGUCAUGAACUACAAUGAGAAUGCUAAUUUAAAACAAUUAAAAUGUGAAGAGUUUUUAAAUGAAUGGAGAGAUCAAUACGCGAAAUAUCCUUGGGAUAAGAUUGAAGAUGAGAUUUGCGAGAUGUUUCAAGAGACUUUCAUUGGUGCAACAAAAGAGAAACCCCCUCGUGGUAUUGCUAACAAUCCACAAAGUCGGGGACUUUACGCUGCUGACAUCAUGCUGAGUUGGGAAGACUCAAAAAUUCAACCGAAAUUGUUGGAAAUAAAUUUCAUACCUGAUUGUCAGCGCGCUUGUGAAUAUUACAAGGACUUUUAUAAUGAAAUCUUCAAGCUUCUUUUCCUGGGUCAAAAUGAUUCCGAUAUCUUCAGGAAGUUUACAUAAUCAUCAUGAUUGGAAUUUGAAUUUAAAUUGAAUGAAGUUAAAUAAAUUUUUAUUAUUAUUUUUGUUUCUUAACAAU